GUGCGUUCAGUCUCAGGUGAAUCACGCAGAGGACGCGCUCGUGAGGCGCGCGAGCAGAGCUUUAAUCAAAGUGACACUGCGGGAUUUUCAUGACGCGGAUAAACGUUCGAGUUUCUUUCGGGAUUUGAGUUUUUUUUUUGUUUUUUUGUUGGUUUUUUUGUUGUUGUUUUUUUUUUCUGGUGGUUGGUGUUGGUGAGCGGGCGGUCGCGGGGCAGGUACCCGGAAACAUGCCUCCUCUGUGGGCGGCCCUCGCGCUGCUCGUCGGUCUCGGAGCUCCGGGUCACGGUCUGGUUCCUGCUCCAGAGAAAGUGAUGGUGCAAUGUUCUGACCACAGACCCCGAGUGUCCUGGACCCACGACCCCCACGACCCCCACGACCCCCACAGCCCCACACUGUUCACUGUUGAGCUGAGAGUAAACGGGAAGUCUUUUGUGAACCAGACUCACGAUCAUGAGUUUGAUCUGAGCGACUUCGUGUGGAGCAGCGAGGAGCAGAUGUUUGAAUAUAUGUUCGUCCAAAUCACAGCGACACGAGGGCCGAACCAAUCUGCAAAGAGCCGUCCCAUCUCCUUCAGCUACAAACUCCACAAGGUCGUGGAUGUGAAAUGUCAUUUGACGUUUCCUCCGGUGAGUCUCGUAUCAGACGGAGUAGGAGCCACUUUGACAGUUGAAAACCCUCUGCACUUUUAUAAAGAACUGAAGCUUAUCCAGCGCUCAGCCGAGUUUGAACUCUCCAUCUCCAUAAAGAACAGAGAUGAGGUCAGAGAUAAAUGUGAGGAGAAGGAUUGUAAACACUACUUGGAUUUUCCUGACGACUGGGACUCUUGUGUGAACCUGACUGGACUCAUCAUAAAAGGAAACGAAAAGAUCGAAGUGCGGCACACGGGGCCCGUCUGCGCUACUGCCCCCUCUGUAGCGGCGGCGCUCUGGCUCGUCGCCGUCCUCUCCGUCGUCGUCCUGGUCGUUGUGAUCGUUUCCUUGGCGACAGCGAUCUGUAAAGUGAAAGCCUGGGUUUUUCCAAAGACUCCAACUCCACAAGCGCUGGUUCCAAAUCCAUCAAACCAAAAAGUCCUGUUUCCUUCAGCUGAGACGGUUUACAGUUCAGUCCACAUCUCCGGGUCUAAACCAGGACCGAAGCUCCACGACCCCGAAAGUCCAGAGUCCGAGGACGUCCAGACCGAACACCAGGUUUUGAUCCGGACCGAGGACGUCCGAAAAGACUCGGCCUGGUACCGGGACUAUCAGGACGAGUCCGGGGAGUCCACCAAGACCGAGACCGUGUCCAUAAACUCACUCGACUCUGAUGAAAUACCAGCCACAAACUACGAGAGGAGAACUCACAACGUAAACAUGGACCUGGACGGAGACGUGGUCGAAGGAUACAUGGGCUGACUAAAGGACUAAACCAGGUCUAAACCAGGACUAAACCAGGUCUAAAGGACUAAACCAGGUCUAAAGGACUAAACCAGGUCUAAAUAGGGGUCUAAACCAAGGACUACAACAUCUAAAGACGUGGUGAGUGGAUAUAGCAGCUAACAGACCGGACUAAACCAGGACUAAACCAGGACUAAACCAGGACUAAGUCAACAUGAACCAUGGACGAUGGUCCUGGAAAAGAACCUGUGCCAAAAUCAUUUAUAAGUUUAUUUACUCAGUCAGGGCUUUUACGCGUUUAUAACACAAACUGAAAUGUGACUAAGUCUAAACCAGGUCUCAGAUGGAUCUGAAGCGGGUCUAAACCAGGUCUAGUGUUUUUCUUGAGGAUCUGAACUAGAGACGGGCAUUCGAUUCAAUUUUCUUAAUCGAUUGUCGGGAGAAUUAACGAUCGAUUAUCGAUGAAUCAUUAAGGUUUUUAUAUUAAAAUGAUCAUCAUUAUUAUUACUAUCUGCACUAAUCUGCAUAAAUAAAUUCAACUUUACGACAUAUAAACAUAACGACUCUAGAUCCACAUCAGCUGUUUGACAUUAUAAUGUGUUUAAUUCAGUUUUGUUCAAAUCUCACAGAAACAAAACUUAAAACCACAUCACUAAUUUACAUAAACUAAGUGAAGAUAAAACUCCAGCUCUUGUGUCGCUGAUGUGGUUCAACUUGUGUUGGAUUAAAAGACAUGACUCAGGUGAAUACAGGUCAGUGUGACCAGAUUUGUGUUUGUCAAAACCAGGACAGCGUACGGGGGGAGGGGGGCGGGGCCUCGUCAUCCACAUUGAGCGACUCUCACCUGGAAAAACUUUUUCCACUGGACACAGAAACAUAUCGAUGAAAUUCUUAAUGAUCAAUUAUCGAUUAAUCGAUUAAUCCUGCCCAUCCCUAGUCUGAACACUAGUGAGUUCGUCUCUCUCAGGGUCCAGGUGGUGCAAUUAUUUAUCACUGUUCUAUUUUUAUAUAUAUAUUGAGUUUUAUUUAAAUGUUGUCGUAUUUUUUAUAAGAUUGAACGUUGAACCUGAUCUCCACAAAUGCACUCGUUUUUAUAAAAAUACUAAACAAAUGCUGAACUUUGUGCCAGUUUUGAAAUACGAACCGUGAACGUCAACUUUUUAAAGUGUGUAACUUUUUGCGGGAGGCGGCACCAACAUUCUCGAGUCGCUCACGUGUUUUCAGUGCAAUAAAACAAAACAUGAUUUUAUUUGUCUGUUUUUUUGUGUGUGUGAAAAGCUCCAGACUGUGGCUUUAGCAGCAGAUUGUAUCAGUUCAAGCUCCGCCCGUUUCCUCAUUUAUUUCUUUUGUUUUGCGGCUGCACCUUGGACUUUCCACUCGGUAAAACAAACGCCUUAAAUGUUUUGACAAUGCGUCCGGUCGGUUCUGGUCUGAACCGGUCCGACCUGCUCCACAUUUAAGUCAAAGGUGAAAGAAAAUAUGUGAUGAUGAUGAUUAUUGUUGUUUGAAGCGAACGAUACUGACAAAAAACCAAAAAAAAACGGUGAAUCUUUUCUUUUAAAUGUCGUGUUGAAGUUUCGCAAAAGUGAAUUUUCUACAGAAUAAACGACAGAAGUUCAGAAACAUGUUUGAAGGAUCAAGUUUAGUUUAUUAUAAAUGAUAAUUGUUUUGGAGAAAUGCCACAUUAGAACAGAGUGUAUAUAUGGAUUUACACACGUACAUUUAAAAAAAACUGACUAUUAGAUUAUAUUUAUUUAUAUAUACAGAUUUAACCAAAAAAAAGUAGCAUUUCUCCAAAACAACUCUAUUUACAUGUGAUUAUUUGUCUUCUGCCUCCACAUUUUAGAAGGAAAUGUCAUAUUUUUAAAGCUGCCGAAUCAUAAACUUUGUAUAUCGUGUAUAAACAUUUUAAAUAAAAACUAAUAUUUUUUACUUUUA